AGCCAGUCUACCCGCCUUCGUACUCCUCUCGAUCCAUCAUUCCCCAAUGGCCCCAGGCCUCCGCCGAGGACCUAGAACCAACAUCUUAUCGCCAUCCUCAUACAACUCUCCAACUAUCCUUUUGCCGCUCCUCGUUACUCUCCCGCCUCCUUGAUUUUGUUUGCUAAAACAACCAGUCCUUCCUGUUCGGCCCUCCUCCCUCCUCCCUCCUCGUCAAGGGUUACAGCAUGCGUCACACGAUACCUGCAUGAAGCCACCUCGCGGCUCUCUGUUGCAGACCGCACUGACAACUUGACAUCUGUCAACCCCGGAUACAACCAUGAACUCUUGGGUAUAUCAUGGAGCUCUACUAGGAAAUCCUACUCCUCCGUCUCAUUCGCGAUCCAUCUCCCUCGGGCCACCUGCAUCUGUCCAGCCGCGAGGUUUCUUGCCAAAACCGAAGUCGACUUUAGCCCUAAGGACUAUGGCCUCUGCCACGUCAGACAGUCCCCCUGCAGAUAUCCAGAAUCCCUCCCCCGGAACCUCUUUUCGAACCAUUGCAGAUCCGAGGACUGCCAGCUCUGAUGAUCUUACUCGCUCCGAUUCUUCCUCCUCAAAGCAUCCCGAUCUUAACAGCGAAGUCGCCAACCUCAGCGACAAACUCAUCAAGGCCAUUAAUCAUCAGACCACUCUUGAUGACACAUUGUCCCAAACUCGGCAAGAACUCGAGGCGUCUCGAGUACGAAUCGCCCAACUCGAAGCAGAAGCGAGCGCCCACACCGAGAGAAUAAGAGGCGGAUUCUUGGUUACCAAGCAGAGUCAGGAUGAACAGACCAGUCGUUUGGUCGCCGAACUCGCCGAAGAGAAAAGGCAAAAGAUGCAGGCUCAGCAAGAGAAACGAUCCAUCGAGUCCGAGCUGGAGAAUCUGACUGCUUCUCUCUUCGAUGAAGCGAAUAAAAUGGUCGCCUCGGCUAACCGAGAACGGGACACAGUGGAGAAGAAGAACCAGCAACUCAGGGACCAGAUCAAGGAUGGCGAGGCCCUCAUUGCAUCUCAGACCGAGCAACUAUCAGAGCUGAAAACUCUGAUGCAGCAAAUAGGUCCGACUGCAGACUUCCGCAGAGAGUUAGAUUCCCCUCGUGUUUCUCUGGCUCCUUCAAGUCCUGGGACUGGCCGUGAUGACAACAACUUGAACAAAUUGAUGGAAGCCAUGAACUUGACGCCAGUCUCGUUGGAAAACGGCGAAGUGUCUCCAACUCCCGCCACUCAUCUAACACACCUUGUACGUCCAAUGUGCAGGACCGACAUCCCUGCCUACGAAGAUUUCAAAACCCUUGUCGCCUCCUCUCAUGUCCGCUCUCAUAAUCCAUCUCAUGCCCCUUCUCGAGCAGGUUCGGGCUCAUACUCUGGUCUCAACGUCAUGGGGUUAGGAUCUAUGAACACCUCAAACCCCAAUUUGUCUCAAGCUUCUCAACCAGCAACUUCCAAACUUGCCAACUCCCCCAACCUUCCCGGCUCCUUCAGUCCCCAGCAAGACCAAACCCGUGGUCCGGUUCCUCUCAAAGACACCAAAUUCUAUAAGCGAAUUCUAUCCGAAGACAUCGAGCCUACCCUUCGACUAGAUCUGUCGCCUACAUUGUCGUGGCUAAAUCGACGAAGCAUUCUAUCUGCUCUUGGUGACUCUAGUCUUAUUGUUGAGCCAAUAGCUGAGGCAUCGCUCAAACUCUAUGGCAAGUACACACCAUGUGCCUUGUGUGGCGAAAGCAGGAAGAAAGGCGAGAAUCCCAGAACGCAUGCCAUGCGUGUGCGCGAAGGAGCAGAUGCGACCAAGUGGUCCAUUUGCCUUCUCUGCCUCGAAAAAGUGAGGGGGGUAGGCGAUCUCGUGGCUUAUGUUCGUAUGGUUCGGGAAGGGGUGGUAAAGGUCGGCGACAAGAAGGAUGAAGAGGAUGUAUGGGAAGAACUAGUUCGGCUGCGAGAAAGGCUCUUCUGGGCACGCAUGGCCGGGGGCGUGGUUCCUGCGUUCAUCCCCACGCCCAAGCAGACCCCCAAGCAGACCCCUGUCGAAGUUCUUGCAGAUAAAGAUCAGGAAGAUGCAGCAGAUAGCGGCAAAGAAAAUGCAGGCGCGGAUGCUAACAACCGAAAAACUGGGGAGACAGAUAAAGACGAUGCAGAGAGUAAGACUCCACCUCAAAGAUCAAGUUCCGACGAUGAAACCCCUUCAGAAAAGGCAUCGAGACUACAACUCCAGCAAGGUCUUGACGAUUCUUUGACAACCUUUGAAAACGCCAGAGAGAAACAUUUUAAUACCCCACCCAGCACACCCAGUCCACAGCGAAAGAGAGAGUCAGGUAGUGGCCGAGAGGGAUUUGCCUUUCCCAAGAUUAAUAUCCCAAAACUUCCGGCUGGAUUUUGGGAAGGCCAAGUGAACACGCUACGUUAGCCCCGGAGAUGAACAAAGGCAGCAUGUUUGAGUAGGGUCUGGUGUUGGCCUUGCCCUCUGAAAAGAAUCUCGAGCCAUUCGUUUGUUAGGCUCCAUUGUCGAAAUGCGGCAUCACAGCCCAGAAAGGAGACCUUUGGUAUAUCAUGGGGGAGAAGUUGAAGUUGGAAUGAUAAAAGGUCUCAUGUAACAACACGAUAUAAGUCGGGACUCAAAUAUAUUAUUUCCCCGCCGCUACACCAACUGUGCCCAGAGGCCGCAAGAACUGGUUUGUUAGAACCAUUUUCUGGUUUCGUGACUUCUUCUCGACUGGAAUGCCGGUGUGAACGGUGGUCUGGUCGGGUGUCGGUCGGUGACGAGGCUGAGCCAUAAGGAGCAUGUUUAUCCAACAUCAAGCACGACCGGGAAUGGUUGUGGAACCUAGAAAUAUCUUUCUAUGCAAGGUACUGGAACCAAG